GACCGCGGGCACUGGUCAGACAUUGGGAUCGUCUGACUGGACAGCGGGCAUCGGUCACCAGGCAUCAAGUCAUUUGGCUUGACAGCGAGCACCCGCGUCAUCAUCUGGCAAGGCAGUGGGUUCCGAGUCAACUGGCAUGACCGCGGGCACUGAGGGCAGACAUUGAAUCGUCUGGCUGGACAGCGGGCAUCGGGUCACCAGGCAUCAGUCAUAUGGCUCGACAGCGGGCACCGCGUCAUCUGGCAAGGCAGUGGGCUCCGAGUCAAACAGGCACGGACAUGUGUGGCACCGGGUCAUCAGGUUACCGGAUUGUCUGGGCUCGACAGCAGGCAUCGGGUCACCAGGCAACAGGUCAUUUGGCUCGCCAGCGGGCACCCGCGUCAUCUGGCAAGGCAGUGGGCACCGAAUCAAUUGGCACGACAGCGGCACCGGCAUCAGGUACCGGAUCAUCUGGAUCAACAGCAGGGCAUCGAGUCAACUGGCCUAAUAGGAUCGUCAGGCUGGAUCAGUUCAUCAUGCUGGGUAGAGGCAUC